AUGGUCCACAAGGAGGAGGACAUGUGGAGAGCGCAGCCCGAGGAGAGAGUUAGAAACAGGAACGUCGACCUCGGCCUGUCUGAAAAAGAUAUAGGACCUUCACAAGGCGAUCCCUCACCCGGAGCAGAAUCAGAUGACCCAGCCCCAUUCCUCGUCGCCUUCGACGAGCCUCACGAUCACCUCAACCCUAAAGACUGGCCGACGAUCCGAAAAUGGGUGGCAACCGGCGUUUUGUCGGUGACAGGCUUCAAUCGCAUCAUGGUUUCGACCAUCAUGGCUCCCGCACUGUCUACAAUCGCAGUCGAGCUCGACAUGAAUGCAACCACGUCCGUCAUGUCCUUGUCCGUCUAUCUCCUUGCCACCGCCUUCGGACCGCUGCUCAUCGGCCCACUGUCAGAGAUAUACGGCCGCAAACCCGUGCUUCACGCGACCAACACCUGGUUCCUGGUCUGGAACCUCGUCUGUGGAUUCGCAACCAGCAAAUCCGUCCUGAUCGCUGCCCGCCUGCUUGCAGGGCUGGGCGCGAGUGCGAUAUACACUCUCGGAGGGGGUGUCCUUGGCGAUGUGUGGAGACCCGAAGAGAGAGGUCGCUCUCUGGGUCUGUAUCAGCUCAUACCGCUGCUCGGUGCCGCCGUGGGUCCCAUCCUGGGAGGCUUUAUCGCCUCGUCGACGACCUGGCGCUGGAUGUUCUGGUCGACGUCGAUAUUCCAGUUGGUCGCCACGGUGCUGUCCUUCUUCAUCUUCCACGAGACGUACGCCCAUGCCAUCCUCAAGCAGAAAGCGAGUCGUCUGCGCCGCAGCACGGGGGACGCGCGCUACCACGCGGCGGUCGAGAAGCUGCUGGAGAACCGGCCGCUCAGCUGGAUGUGGCGAAAAAGUCUCUCCCGGCCGCUCCGCCUAUUAAUGUUUCACUCGAUCGUGCAGAUCCAAGCCGUCGUGUGUGGUUUCGCGUAUGGGAUUACAUACCUGGUGAUAUCGAGCUAUGCGGACAUGUGGACUGCGAGGUACGCAGAGUCGACUUCAAGGGCCGGGCUUCACUACCUCGCCAUGUGCCUCGGUGAGAUCCUCGGGUCGCAGCUCGGCGGCCCGGCGAUGGACUUGGUCUUCCACAAGCUGAAGAUGCGGCAUCGAGGGUCUGGCGCCCCAGAGCUUCAUCUCCCUCUGAUGGUACCCGGGUCUCUCAUCACAGUCACAGGGUUCCUGCUGUACGGAUGGACCGCACAAACGCGUUCUUUCUGGGUCGUCGUCGAUCUCGGCGCCUUGCUGCUAUCCCUCGGCAACAGCAUGACGGGACAGGUCAUGCAGGCUUAUGUCAUUGACUCAUACCCGGACCAUACGAGCUCUGCGUUGGCGGCAUCUCAAUUGGUGCGCAGUCUGACCGCAUUUGGAUUCCCGCUGUUUGCUCCUCAUCUGUACGCAGCGCUGGGUUAUGGUUGGGGAAAUAGCUUGUUGGCUCUGAUCUCGGCCGUCAUUGGGUUUCCUGCACCCUUGGUUCUGUGGGUGUUCGGCGCGAGGCUGCGUGAAGAGGCCCAAUUUACGUUCUGA